CAGAAUUCCCCUUUCUACAGCCGACUAUCGAUAAAGCUAGCUGCUGCACAUAUAUAUUUGCGAGCUUGACCCUCUAAUCAUAACCCUACCAGAAUUCCCCUUUCUACAGCCGACUAUCGAUAAAGCUAGCUGCUGCUCGGCUCGAUUCCGAUCAAAUCGUUAAAUUGGUAUAUUCAAAAGCUUUUUCAGAUAGAGAUCUUGUAGAUUUGGAUCCGCCAUGGCGGCUUUGAAGGAGCUUUUACCUGAAGCGAAAAAUGCAACGUCGACGUAUUAUGACCACGCGAACGAUCCGUGGUUUAAACAACGGUUUAGUAAUAUGUCGGAGGAAGAGAAAUCCAUGGCCAUAAAGGCGAAGCCCGUACCGCUUUACUUGAAGCGAGCCGGAUUUGUUCCUAGAAAAGUUGAAGACUUCGGAGAUGGAGGUGCUUUCCCUGAGAUUCAUAUAGCUCAAUACCCUCUUGAUAUGGGAAGGGCGAAAGGGGCAAAACCUGGAUCGAAGAUUCUCCCUGUGACUGUUGAUGCUCAUGGGAACUUGGCUUAUGAUGCGAUUGUGAAGCAGAGUGAGAAUGCGAAGAAGAUUGUUUAUUCACAGCAUAAGGAUUUGAUUCCGAAGAUUCUGAGGAAUGAGGAAGAGGGUGGUGAGGAGGGAGAGGAAGAGGAGGAGGUGCAGAAAGAGAUCGAGGAAACUAUGCAAGAAACUAAGGCUGCUUUAGAGAAGAUUGUAAAUGUGAGAUUGAGUGCUGCACAGCCAAAGAAUGUUCCGAAACAAUCUUCGGAUUCAAAGUAUAUUAAGUAUAAGCCUUCACAGAAAUCGGCUGCAUUUAAUUCUGGUGCAAAGGAGAGGAUAAUUAGAAUGGUGGAGAUGCCUGUUGAUCCUCUUGAGCCUCCCAAGUUUAAGCAUAAGAGAGUUCCUAAGGCUUCAGGGUCUCCACCAGUGCCAGUGAUGCAUUCCCCUCCCCGGCCUGUGACUGUGAAGGAUCAGCAGGAUUGGAAAAUUCCACCUUGUAUUUCGAACUGGAAGAAUCCAAAGGGGUAUACAAUUCCACUGGAUAAGCGUCUUGCUGCUGAUGGAAGAGGUUUACAGGAGGUUCAGAUUAAUGAUAACUUUGCUAAGCUGUCUGAGGCUUUGUAUGUUGCGGAGCAGAAGGCUAGAGAAGCUGUGGCAAUGAGAUCAAAGGUGCAGAAAGAGAUGAUGAUGAAGGAGAAGGAAAGGAAGGAGCUGGAGUUGCGAGCUUUAGCUGCUAAAGCUCGUUCUGAGAGAACUGGGACUGUGGCACCAUCAGCUGCUGUUCCAAUGUCAUCUGACAGAAGUGCUAUGGAUACUGAUUCAAGAAUGGAUUAUGAGCCAGUUAGGGAAAGAGAAAGAGAAAGGGAUAUGCCGAAGGAGUCAAAGGAAGAAAGGGAGGAGCGGUUGCAGAGGGAGAAAAUACGUGAAGAGCGUCGUAGAGAAAGGGAGAGAGAGAGAAGGUUGGAGGCCAAAGACUCUGCCAUGGGUAAAAAGAGUAAGAUUACAAGAGACAGAGAUAGAGAUAUUAGUGAAAAAGUUGCUCUCGGUAUGGCUUCUACUGGUGCCGGAAGAGGUGGUGAAGUAAUGUAUGAUCAGAGAUUAUUCAACCAGGAGAAAGGAAUGGAUUCUGGAUUUGCAACUGAUGAUCAAUACAACAUCUACGACAAAGGUCUAUUCACAGCACAACCUACUCUGUCAACACUAUACAAGCCAAAGAAAGACAUGGAUUCAGACAUGUAUGGUGGUGCAGAUGAGCAGUUAGAGAAGCUAAUGAAAACCGAGAGGUUUAAGCCAGACAAGGCGUUUACUGGCACUUCUGAGAAGAGUGGUCCAAGAGACAAGCCACUCGAGUUUGAGAAGGAAGUUGAAGAAGCUGAUCCAUUUGGUCUUGAUCAGUUCUUGACGGAGGUCAAGAAGGGCAAGAAAGCAAUGGACAAAGUGGGUUCUGGAGGGACAAUGAAAGCAAGUGCAGGCUCUUCCAUGCGAGAUGGCUAUGAAGGAGGCUCUAGCAGAUCUCGCAUCGGUUUCGAAAGAGGACGUUGAUACUCAUGGCUCUGUAUCUCUUUAAUUUGGACAUGUUUCUUGCUGAGUGAAAUCUUAAUCCCUGGCUAGCUUGGGUGAGAUAUUUUCUUUAUUUCUUCAAUAUGUGGAAUGCUGUUUUAUUGUACCUUGUGUAGACCCUAAAUAAUCCUAUUUGUCUUAUGCCAUGCUAAAAUUAAACAUCUUAUCGUUCACUCA